AUGCAUUUAACAAGUUGUUCGCUGUUGCUCGCUUGGCUUCUGCCAUGGCUGGAAGCCUCCUACGAUGUGAUUUCGCCGACCCAGAAUAUAACGGCUUACCUACAUGCACGACAGAAGCGCCAUCAGCUGGUCUACCAGAACGGAGGCAGUAUUCGUUUAGUGGUUGGCCCCGUCAUGGCCGUUGAGCUACAAGAUCCUGUCGUUUGGCGCAGCAUGGUCAACUUUUAUGUGAUACACUUUGGAGCAUAUACAUUGCCCUCAGCGCCGCUCUACCCGUGGGAUAAAUGGGAGUCCAUAUUUGCCAGAUCGCUGAGCGAUAAGAUACGCCAGCUGGACGCAUCGCACGAGGACGACUCGCGCCUUUUUGCUUACACUGCGCUUGAGCAUUACAUGGACAAUGCGAGCGGAGUCCGGGGUCGCGGUCGCCAGUGCCUGCUGCGUGCAAUGUGUGAGAAUGCGCAAGUGCAUCAUCAUGUGGGAAUCAUAGCCGAGCUGCUAAAUGUGCUACUAACACCUGGAAAGGCGCGACUCGAGGAGGCCUAUAAAGAAGCCUACGCUGCGGGCCUAGCAGGUGUGGAUUGUUGUGAGCAGUUCCAAGAGUGUCCCAGAGGUGCGAGUGCUCUGGAUGCUUUUACUGUGGAUGUGAAUGACUAA